UUUUUCAUAAGAUUGCAUCCCGUCUGCUCUAUUUGCGAGUUGCAUGCGGGAUCAUCGUAGUCUUGUUCAUUCAGAAUCGGCUAGCUUGAACACUGCGUCGCCUAGAUUACUCCGCUGUACCAGUUCGACAAGGUUGUCUUCUGGUAGACCGUCCAACCUUCUAGCUUUUUUGCGUGUUACCUUCCAGUUUCCCUCUAACCUCCUCGGAGUCUUGGGCCUCAGCUAGGCACGAUGUUUGAGGCGCGUCUAGUUCAAGGAAGCGUAUUGAAGAAGCUUCUCGAUGCGAUCAAAGACCUCGUCACCGAUGCUAACUUCGACUGCUCCUCCACUGGCUUCUCGCUCCAAGCGAUGGAUUCCAGCCACGUGGCACUCGUUGCGCUACUCUUGCGAGCAGAUGGGUUUGAACACUACAGAUGCGACAGAAACCUCACACUGGGAAUGAAUUUGGUGAACAUGGCUAAGAUGCUGAAAUGUGCCGGCAAUGAUGACAUCAUCACAGUGAAGGCUGAAGACGACGGCGACACUGUCACCUUCAUGUUCGAAAGCCCCAAGCAGGACAAGAUAUCUGAUUUCGAGAUGAAGCUGAUGGACAUUGACAGCGAGCAUCUCGGCAUUCCCGACGAGGAGUACGAUGCCAACAUCAAGAUGCCGGCAGGGGAGUUCCUCCGCAUUUGCAAAGACCUCAGCUCCAUUGGGGACACAGUGAUUAUAAGUGUGACAAAGGAGGGGAUCAAAUUUGCAACCUCAGGCGACAUUGGUAACGCCAAUAUAGUUUGCAGACAAAACCUGAGUGUGGAUGAGCCUGAUGAUGAAACCGUGAUUGAUAUGAGAGAGCCCGUUUCACUUACAUUUGCCUUGCGGUACCUGAAUUCCUUCACCAAGGCAACAGCACUGUCUGGUGCUGUGAGACUAAGCAUCUCCAAGGAUCUUCCUAUCGUUUGUGAAUAUGCAAUCGCCGAUAUGGGCUAUCUCCGCUUCUACCUAGCACCAAAGAUUGAGGACGACGAUGAGGGAACUUCAUGAGGACAACAUAUAUCCAUAUAUAUAUCGUGUUGCAACACGAAGUGCAUUGCGCCGCACACUGGGCUGGAUGAAGUUUUUGACAGAUUGGAUUGCAGAAGUGUGUUGCAGCUUGUGAGCUGCAUCUUGAGAUUUGCCUGGUUGCUGUUGUAGCUAUGACCUUGUCUGGAAUGAAAUACAUUAGACAUGCGAUGAAUGGGCCAUAAUCUUGUCAUCAAUGCACUCGCAAUUCUGUCAACCAGACGUGCGACCAAAAUGCCUGACAAUUGGCAAGCAUGCCUUUUUGUACUUAGCAG